AGUUGGUUCACUCCACAGUGUCACUGGCUGUGUGUGAGAGGCUCAGAGAGCUGAGGAGAAAGGGGUGUUUGGAUCAGUUACAGCCGCGAAGGAGAGACACUCAGAGGGGAGAGAGGGCUCGAGAGACUGACGACUGAGUGUGAGAGAGAGGGAAGCAGUCUGGAGCUCGAGAGAAAAGCUCAAGUGAAGACCAGAACCAAAGAAAGAAAGCUGUUCAACUCUAAGACCAACAUACACACACACAGAGUGAGAGAGAGAGAGAGAGAGAGAGAGAGGGAGUGGUAGGGAGCAAAAGAGAGAGGGGGGGGGGAGAGAGAGAGAGGGGGAGAGAGAGAGAGAGAGAGAGAGAGAGAGAGAGAGAGAGAGAGAGGGCAGUCGAGGACUUUAUCAGAGUGGAACCGACAACAACCACAAGCCUGGAGAGCCAGUCCUUCUCUGAGCUGCUCUUGUUUUGUUCUGUGUGGAAAUUCCUUUGAGACGUCACUGCUAGCUGAGCUCAGCUGAACAACCACAGCCAAGAAAGACUGUUGUGGUUGCUUGUCAAACUAUAGUGUGUGUGGAGAUAGAGCGAGGAGCAUGUUUGACUGUAUGGAGGCUCUUGCCCCCCGGCCGCUCUUUGACGUAUCCACUCAGGGGGCUUGCAUGUUGGGCAAGGCCACCCCCUUCUUCCCUGGUCUGGACCCCUUUGCCUGGGCUGGAAUGGCCAGUGUUCAGUCAGUGGAGACCCAGAGCACCAGCUCUGAGGAGAUGGUGCCCAGUUCACCCUCUCCACCCCCUCCUCCCCGCAUUUACAAGCCCUGUUUCGUGUGCCAGGACAAGUCCUCUGGCUACCACUACGGGGUCAGCUCCUGUGAGGGUUGCAAGGGAUUCUUCCGGCGCAGUAUUCAGAAGAACAUGGUGUAUACCUGCCACCGAGACAAGAACUGUCAGAUCAACAAGGUGACCCGUAAUCGCUGUCAGUACUGCCGGCUGCAAAAGUGCUUUGAGGUUGGCAUGUCCAAAGAAGCGGUGCGUAAUGACAGGAACAAGAAGAAGAAGGAUGUGAAGGAGGAGGUGGUGUUGCUGGAGAGCUAUGAGCUCAGUGGAGAACUGGAGGAGCUAGUCAACAAAGUCAGCAAGGCCCACAAAGAUACCUUUCCCUCACUUGUCCAGCUGGGCAAAUACACUACAAACUCCAGUGCAGACCACCGUGUACAGUUGGAUCUGGGGCUGUGGGAUAAGUUCAGUGAACUCUCCACCAAGUGCAUCAUCAAGAUAGUGGAGUUUGCCAAGCGCCUGCCAGGCUUCACCACCCUCACCAUCGCUGACCAGAUCACUCUCCUCAAAUCAGCCUGUCUGGAUAUACUGAUGCUGAGGAUCUGCACUCGCUACACUCCGGAGCAGGACACAAUGACCUUCUCCGACGGGCUGACCCUGAACCGGACCCAGAUGCACAACGCAGGCUUUGGCCCUCUCACAGAGCUGGUGUUUGCCUUUGCUGGCCAGCUGCUGCCUCUGGAGAUGGACGACACAGAAACCGGCCUCCUCAGCGCCAUCUGCUUGAUCUGUGGAGAUCGUAUGGACCUGGAGGAGCCCCAGAAGGUGGACAAGCUACAGGAACCCCUCCUGGAGGCCCUGAAAAUCUACGCCCGCCGCAGACGCCCCAACAAGCCCCACAUGUUCCCCCGCAUGCUGAUGAAGGUCACCGACCUCAGGGGCAUCAGCACCAAGGGUGCUGAGAGAGCCAUCACUCUGAAGAUGGAGAUCCCAGGCCCCAUGCCUCCUCUGAUCAGGGAGAUGCUGGAGAACCCCGAGGCUUUUGAGGACAGCAGCGACUCUGGGGACAGCGCCUCCGCCCCCCCUGCCAUCCAAGCCAUCAAGAAAGAGAGGGAGGAGAAGAGCCUCGAGGAGGAAGAUGAGGAUGAGGAGGACGAGUGGGGGGACGAGGAGAGGGAGAGGGGGGCGGACAGUGAUGGGGAGCCCUGGGGGGAGGCUGCAGCGGCAGAAGCGGUGUCCCAGAAAGGGGCAACUGGGAGAUCCCAGUGAGAGUGACAUAGUGAUGCACUCUGACCCAUUCUGUUCACCUCCUAUUCCACCACCCUCAGACAGACCAACACUCCCUGUCAUAUC